CCUUUCAUUAGCAACAAGUAGAACGCGAGGAGAGAUUCGAGAGCUUCCACAACAAAUUUAUCGAUACUUUUGUUAUUUUGACCGAUCCAAACAAUUUUAGUUGUUGAGAGACAGCUUUUGCUUAGUUAUUUAAUUCUCAGUUGCAAUGUCCUCUGAAGUUCGUGACGAUCUUCACCAAACAUCAACAGGAAAAGGACACUACUACAGAUCGCCUCACGACUUUCCGCCGCAAGGCUUUCGAAGAACAGUUUAUGAUGUGUUGCCACCAGUCCUUGGCAAUCCAGAUUACAUUACUGAAAAGGAACACUUUCAAACAACAACUGGAACAACUCACGAUUACAAGGCCCAUGGAGGGACACUCAGCAACACGCAAUUCAAAAAGGCUCCAGGAUCAUGGAAAGUUCACUGUGUAGAGGACAACAUUGCGAAGUUGAGUGUAAAACCAUGGAGAAGACCUUUGACAAUGGGAUAUCAGUGUAGUGAAAUGACAGCUCAGUACACAGGGAGACCAGGAGUGAAUUUGGAUACUGUUUACAAUGCAGGGAUACAACCAUUCAAUCUUGCUGAUCACCACAGGGAAGGAAAUAGUAAGGAUCUUGUUCCAUCAACAAUAAACAGGGGUGUUGCUGGUCAGAAGUUCUACCCCAGGGACAGAGGUGUUCUGACAUACCACAUGGAUCCUUAUUUAACCACAACACAGAAAGAUCACCGAGCUUUCACUAAGCACGAGUUGGGACGUUAUCCAGCCAAGGAUUAUGCGACCUACUGGGAAUGUGAAGAGUACACCAAAGCUUGGGGUCAUGGCUCAAAGGAAAAUCCUCUACCCCCAAAUUCUGUUCCUCGAGAAAAAGGGCCCAUGAGGGACCGUAUCUGGUUCAAAGAGCCAACAAUUAUUCCCAGGCUACCAAAGUCACUGGAUCCUGUUCCUAAUAAGUAAGAAU